AUGUAUCUGGAACACCAAGAAUCUGCUGAUAGCAACUUCUCGGACCUGCCUCACGAGCAAGGCGUGGAGGAGUCCAAGAAAUUCUCCAUGCAUUCGGUGUCGAGCUACGCCAGCGAAUUGUCGUAUGCUGGCUACUGGAGUGUUCCUCUGGCGUAUAUCAAGACCACGCUGGACAAAGUCGUCCCGCCGGAGGGUCAGCAGGGCAUGAUUGACUUUGUCAGCCAGGGCGGAGAGUACAAGGUGGAUGUCCACGAAUUUGCAUCAGGACACAACCCACAUGCCAGCCAGCCGGAGAAUAUUGGUAAAAUCCUGGUGAAGGCGGUGGAGGGGCUUCUGGCCCGCGGUGCUUGA